AUGACUCUAUUCGUAUUCUCCCCAAAUCUCGUCGAGCUGUGGACAGAUGGUGGAAGCAGAGAUGCACAGCGCGGAACCCAAAGCUGCUGCAACUCUGUCAUUUUGGUGUAUUUCGUGCGCCAGCACAACCGAGACAAUUUCAAUCGAUUGGUGGAUGCAAUCUAUCACACUCGCAACAGUCAACUACGGAUAUGGCGUAUGUUUUUGGAUUUGGAUCCCCAGGCUGCAAUGCGUGUUCUUCUACACCAAGAUGACAUCAUUGCCACAUUCAAAGAACGAGAUGUUGUUCAAGUAAGCCAGUGUUACAGUUCAUACGAUCAAAGAAGAUAG